AUGUCCCUCACAACCCCCCUCCGCCGCAGCGCGGCCACAACAUCCACCAUCCGAACACCCACCACCUUCAUCUGCUCACAAUGCCGCCAUGCCACCCUCCUCCGGCGCCCCAAGCGCCCCUACACCUUCACCCAACUCGUCACUCUCUCCGACGGCAGCACCUACACGCAACGCACCACCUCCCCGCUCCCCGUCUACCGCUCCACCCGCGACACCCGCAACUCGCUGCUGUGGAACCCGUCCAGCCACAAACUCAUGAACGUCGAGGAGGACGAGGCCGGACGGCUGGCUGCGUUCCGCGCGAAAUUCGGCCGCAGCUGGGAUGCUAAUACGCCGACUGAGGAAGAGGUGAAGAAGAAGGAGGACGAUAAGAAUAAUGAGGUUGCGGAGGCUGAGAAGGCACGGUUAAUGGCGGAGCAGGCCAAGGAGGAUCAGGAGGAGGAGGAUAAUUUGUUGGAUUUGAUUAGUUCGUUUGGGCAGGAGGAGGAGGAAGCUGGGAACAAGAAGAAAUGA